AUGGGUAAUUUUUUACAUCAUCAUCAAUUAGAUGAAGAUUUAUCAUUAAAUGAUUAUCGAUAUUUAAUGAAACAAACACAUUUAACUCCACAUGUUAUUCAAGGAUGGUAUCGUGAAUUUUUAUCUAUAUGUCCAAAUGGUCAUUUAAAUAAAAAUCAAUUUAUUAAAUUUUAUAAAGAAUUAGAAAACUCAUCAACAAAAAAUGUUGAAAAUAUUGCUGAGAAUGUCUUUCAAGCAUUUGAUCAUAAUGGAAAUCAUCGUAUUGAUUUUAAAGAAUUUCUUAUUGCAUAUGCAUUAACAUCAACUGGUGAACCUGUUGAUAAAUUACAUUAUACAUUUACAUUAUUUGAUAAAGAUCAAUCUCAAACAAUAGAAUUAAUUGAAAUGAUUGAAAUAUUAAAAAAACUUUUUACAAUAACACGAAAUGAAAUCAAAGAAUGUUCACCAGAAUGUGUUGCAUAUGAUAUAUUUCGUAUAUUAGAUCUUGAUCAUAAUCAAUCUAUAUCAAAAGAAGAAUUUAUUAAUGGUUGUUUACAAAAUCAAGCUAUUCGAAAUGUACUAUCACCAUUUGAAUGUAAUUAUCCACCAAGAAAAUAA